AUGGAAGAUUAUAAGAGUAAGAUAGUAAGUACUCUUUUGGAAAUUUGGACCGAGACAGACGAUAAAAAUUUUGAUUAUGCAUCUCCAGCUCAACAUGAGUUUUGUGUUACACUCUUUUCUUACCAUCAAGCAAAGGAAACAAAGAUCUUUGUUGUUCAUCCAGAAAAGAAGAAACAAGAAGGGACAACAAACAAUAUGGAUGUAUUGAUAGAGACUUUAAAAGAUGAUAUACAGCAACAACAGCAAAAGAACAAACAGAAUCAGAAUCAACAACAUCAUCAUCAUCAUAACGAAGGGGAAGAAGAUGGUAAUAUAGUAAUUGAUAAUUACAAGGUCGAUUUGGAUACACUUUAUUCAACAUUUACAACUCCCUUUGCAUCAUCGUCUUCAUCAUCAUCGUCGUCUGAAGCAUCAUCCUAUCCUCCUUUAGCUACAAACGGGUUGUUGGAGAAUGCUAUUGGUAAACUAAACAAUCUCUUUCAAAGUGAAUUGAAUAGUAUAAAGUAUCAAGUAAGUCAUUAUCGUCCAACAAGUGGAGUAGCAGGAGGUAACACAACACAAGAUAAUAAUAGUAGUAGUAUUGGUAGUAGUAGUGGUAGUGCUAUCAAAUCAUCAACUACAUCCUCUUCAUCAGACUCUAAUCUCAAUGUUAGUGCUGCUAGUUCAUCAAAGAUAUCACCAAAUAACAACUCAUCACAUAAUAACGCUCUUGACAAUGAAUCUGAAUGGAGAUAUUUGAUCGAUGCAGAGAUUGCCGAUCUCUAUGAACUGGUUAAAGAAUUAAAGAAUAGCUUAUACCGAAAAAAGGUGACCGAUAGAGAAAUUGAAUCACCUUCUUCUCCCAUUUUGAGUGGAAAGGUAAAUAAUGUUGAAUUGUACAUGCAUAGUGCUACAUUUACCAAUAUAUUACAUCUAAAGAAUGAUUUGAUUCAAAUAUUACAAGCAUUACCAUCUACACCUACCAUUCCAACUAAACAUCAACAACAUCAUCUUACUGUCAAUAAUAAUAAUAAUAAUAAUAAUCCUGUCAUCAAUAUCCAAAAUAAUAAUAACGCAACCAGUAAUAAUAAUAAUAUACCAACACCAUCUAUUAAUAUUAAUAAUAAUAAUGAGACAAUAUUUAAAAUACCAAAAAUUACACCAACUCUAAUCAUUGAUGAUAAUAAUACUGUUCGUCUUCAAGACAAUAAUACAUCACUCAAAUCCAAUAAUCUUGAUAUAACAGUUAGUAGAUCGGCACCAAGUUCACCAAGAACCAGUCGAUCGAGAUCAUCAUCAACUCACUCUAGCAGUGCAUCCACUUCUCGUGAUCAUUCUCCAUCACCAACCAAACUAAAUAUAACCAACAGCAACAACAACAAUAACAAUGGUGUUGUAGGAGACAACAACUCCCAACAAUGUAAUAUAUUAUCAUCACCUCUAAAGAAAUCAUCAACCAUGAAAAAUCCAAACUAUCAACCUGGUAGUUUUGUAGUACCAAGAUCACCAAGUAAAAAUAAUCUAACCACCAAAGACAAUCAAUCAUCAAUAUCAUUAUUAGCGGCAACCAACAGUAAAAAACACCCAAUCUCAUCAUUAUCUUCUAGAAAGUCAUUAGAUGAACAAGAGGAAGAAAUGAAAAAUUGGAUUUCAAGAACUCUUAAUUUGGAAUUAAAAGAUACUAGUCCUCAUUUACCAAAUGAUUGUCCAUUAUCACAUCAUCUAAGAAGUGGUGUAGUACUUUGUCAAUUGGUAAAUGCACUUGCAAAUAAAACAUUGAUUAAAAAGAUUAAUCAUACCCCAUCUGCAUUCUUUCAAAUUGAAAAUAUUAUAAACUUUUGUCAAGCGUGUAAUACUCUUGGUCUACAAGACCAAGACGUACCCAGCCCAAUGGAUAUCCAUAGUUCUGUAAACCCAAAGCUGUUUCUCCAAAUCUUAAAAAGAAAAAAGAAAAAUGGUCCAUGUCUAUUUGUUUGUUGUAAAUGUACACAACUUUGUAUUUAUUAA